AAAUUUUGUCCUUCAAAAACUUUGUCUCUGAUGAAACAAUUUGGGUCCCAAAUGCAUAAUAGGCCUCCUGAUCUGCCAUUAGAAGUCCGUGAGUUUCCUGCAGCUUGCCGCCGGCCUCUUCUUCUCCCUGCAGCUCCGGUUCUUGCUGGAAAAUUCUGGUUCUUGAUCAUCCUGUCAGUUUAGUACGUGAAUUGAGUGCUCAGUUUUGCGGAGUGAGGUAAGUAAAAUUAUGGUAACGCCCUUCGACUUUUUAAGCAUGUUUUGAUUUGUUUUGAAAUGGUGGCGGGACUAAACCCGUUUUACACGAGCAUGACGGAUUUGAAGUGAAAUGUUUUAUGCUUUUCAUUAAAUUGAGCAUGCCUACUUGAAAUUUAAGUGAUUGUCCUGAUGAUCUGAAAGUGAUUGUGAAUCGUGAUUUUCCUGUUAAUUUCUGCCUGUUUUGUCUCCGAUGUGGUCAUGUUAUUCGUGACCCUGCUAGUGGGGGAGGUUAAACGCUAGCACAUGUCGACAUGUAUUUCUGUAGAACCGGUUCGUUUCUGUUAUCCUGCUAGUGGGAGUUAAACACUAGCAAUUCCUGUUGCCUGCCAGUGGGAGUGUUAAACACUGGCUGUGACCUAUGGAGGAGACGUCUAUUUCGUUCCUGUACUGUAUCCGUUUUUGAUGAUUUCACUUGUUGGCAUGCUAUAAGUUUAAUUAAGGGCAAUCCAUAUUUUACUUAUUGAGUUUAUCUUAUAGUUUUUCCUUGUCCACCAUUUCAGGAAGCAAAACCGAGGAUGGGGAAACCACGGGAAGUGACGAGUUAGAAGGCUAGCCAUUGUAAUUGAUAUAGAUUUUAGAAAUAAAACGUGAUCUUGUAAGUUAGAGUGUAUUUGGGGGAUUUUGAUGAUAUCAGAGUAAAUUUUAAAGUUGAUCUUCGGAUUUUGGUGAUAUUAGAUUGUAAAUUUGAUAAGUUCUGAAUCUUGU